GUCCAUCAUCGUCGUUAGGUACGCUCGUUUCCCCGCUCCUUCCAUUCAAAGAUUAUUAUGUCCCGCACGAUUUGUUGGUGAUGUCCGAAGGCGUGGUGCGUUCGCGUGCUUCUGAAAGCUACUUCGCGUGACAAUCGAUCUCGGAAGUGGCGGUCGCCGGACGACACGCAGCGAUGAUUCCCUAUUACGUGACGAUCUACGGGAUUUUGGUGGCCGCGCUCGGUGUCAAUGCUCUGCACGCGAAGGAUCCGCUGGCACACCACGGGAGAUGCGAACCGAUCACGAUCAAUUUAUGCAUGAACAUACCGUACAACGAGACGAUUAUGCCGAACCUAAUGAACCAUCAGAAGCAAGAGGACGCUGGCCAAGAGGUGCAUCAGUUCGCACCCCUGGUCAAGAUGAAGUGCAGCCCCGAUCUGCGUUUCUUCCUGUGCACGGUUUACGCGCCCGUAUGCACCAUCAUCGACAGGGCCAUACCACCGUGCCGAUCGUUAUGCGAGAGUGCUCGCGCGGGAUGCGAACGUCUGAUGAACACCUUCGGAUUCGCCUGGCCGGAUAAUCUCGAUUGCGCCAAGCUGCCCGAGAACGGUGGCCCCGAACUCUGCGUUGGACACAACGAGACCACACCGCCAGAACCCUCGGCGCCCGUUUACCCACCACCCCGUAUGCCGGUCGCCGAGUUUCAACCAUCCUGGCCAGGCGGUCCGAAACCCUUCGGUAGCGGCUACAUGGUCGGCGCCAGAGAUUUUGGCUUUGUCUGCCCGUUGCAGUUCAAGGUUCCCCACGAACUUGGUUAUUCCUUAAAAGUCGGCGACAAUGUCGAAAAGAAUUGCGGCGCGCCUUGCGACGGGAUGUUUUUCACCGAGAGGGAACGACGAUUUUCGCGAAUCUGGGUCGGUACCUGGGCGUCCGUUUGUGCAGCCUCUUGUUUUUUCACCUUCUUGACGUUUCUCAUUGACACGGAUAGAUUCAGGUAUCCUGAAAGACCGAUCAUCUUCUUGUCAGUAUGUUACCUGAUGGUAGCACUGGCUUACGUGAUCGGUUGGGCUGCUGGUAAUUCCAUUUCGUGCAGAGAACCUUUCCCACCUCCUUUAGAGAGAAUUCAAAUGGCGUCGACGAUAACGCAAGGUACCAAGCACGAAUUGUGCACGGUGCUAUUUAUGAUACUCUACUUCUUCGGGAUGGCGUCCAGUAUAUGGUGGGUCAUCCUGACUUUAACGUGGUUCCUAGCUGCUGGUUUAAAAUGGGGCCAUGAAGCGAUAGAAGCCAAUUCGCAAUAUUUCCAUUUAGCUGCUUGGGCAGCACCAGCAAUAAAAACAGUUACUAUUCUCGCAAUGGGAAAGGUGGAAGGUGAUAUACUAUCAGGUGUUUGUUACGUAGGACUUUGGAACGUCGAAGCUCUACGCGGGUUCGUCUUGGCGCCAUUGUGCGUCUACCUUAUCCUCGGGACUGUCUUCUUGUUGGCUGGAUUUGUGUCUCUGUUCCGUAUACGUACGGUGAUGAAACACGAUGGUACAAAGACUGACAAAUUAGAGAAAUUAAUGAUACGUAUCGGCAUAUUUUCCGUGUUAUACAUAGUUCCUGCGCUGAUCGUAAUCGCCUGCUUAUUUUACGAGCAAGCUUAUUUCGAUCAAUGGAUGUUGACCUGGAAUAUGGAGAUGUGUUCAAGGCCUGGACCGCAAUCUUUGUAUUCGAUGCCGUGCCCCGUUGGCGAGCGCACCCGCGACGUUGGGAGACGGCCAGAAUUCGAGGUUUUUAUGAUAAAGUAUUUAAUGGCUAUGAUUGUUGGAAUAACAAGUAGCUUUUGGGUAUGGUCGAGCAAGACACUCUCCAGUUGGCGGCAGUUUUUUAAUCACAUACAAGGACGCCGGGUAGAAGCGUACGUUUAAACACUUCU